GAUUGGCGAAGCUUUUGCUGCAACUUACUUGAAGAAUAGUCUUAGCUUGGCUAGCUAAAAAGCUGGUAUGAACGGCGUAAGCGUAUCACUUUCGUGCGGUAAUGGUAUAUAGACAAGGUUCUAAUUAUACGCAGUUUGAACCGUCGUGCAAGAUGUGCAAGCGGCUUGCCAAGAUACUAAAGUCACGGUACAAGAUGAGAAUAUCGUGCGUGAUCCUCUCUACUUUGAUCGUCAUUGCUGUUUUAACUGUGUGUGUAAUGGUGAAGUUCGCCACUGAGAUUUCUGUGGACGAUAAAUUGCGUGAUGAUCUACCUGGAGUCUUUAGGUUCAAACACAUGGGUCUGAUACGAACUAAUGAAAAUUCUUCCAUUGCUGUAGCGGAAAGGUUCCCCUAUGUUGCUGCUAUAACCAGAAACUCCUCCACGAAUUGGGAGUUCGCGUGUUUCGCUAGUGUAAUUUUGGUUAAAUGGAUUGUUACUUCAGCACAUUGUAGACACGCGGGUUCUGUGCAUAGAGUUCUGUUGUACAGUGAUUUUGUUAAAAACUACACAAAUACAUAUCCCAUUAUGUUCUGGAGGCUGCAUGAGAAGUACGAUGCGUCUGCGCCGUAUCCAAACUACGACAUUGCCGUGGCUAAAUUGAACGUGAUUCAAGACAGAAUUUUUUCAUUAAAAUCUGCUCGCAUUAAUGACUUUAAUAUCACAGAUGUUGUAGCCAGUGUGUGGAAGACUGUAUCCGCGAUGGACAGGAGAUUGUACUUGACUAAUGAUUUCGAGAAGUUUCCCGUAAAAAUUGCGCCGUCGUUGCGGUGUUUUGAAAGAUAUGGUAUACAUUUAGACACAAGCAUGUUCUGUGUUGAUCUGUCCGAUUACGAGGAUUGUUUUGUACAUGAGUUUGGGCCGAUAUUCUCGGAUGAUACCGUGGUGGGUGUUAUAGCGGUGAAUCCGAAAGACUGUGACACGAAAUUAGCGAUUUUUACAAAUGUAUCGCAUUAUGUUACGUGGAUUUUGAAAUCGACACACGUGAUAUUGCAGCCUGACUGACCUUUCCUUAUUUUUAUGGUUUUACUAAAAUGAAAUAUUGUCGAAGUUUUUAUGUCGUCGUUGGCUUGGUUAUAAUAAAAAACUGUUGAAUUGGUUGUUUAUACAUGGUAAAAUACUAAAUCUAUGAUCUAUAGGUAUGUACAUACGUUAAUGUGUGUAUUUGUGUUUAUUUAUAACCGACUUCAUAAAAGGAGGAAAUUCACUUGUAGGUUUUUUUGGACGUAUGUUACGCGAUAACUCCGGC